UCAUUCAAAUUUGGAAGUCCCUAGAAUUAAAUAAUUUUUGUUGUGUUUUGUUGUGGUGUGUUUUUGUGAAUUUGCACACGUUUUUGCCCUACUUAAGGCCUUUCAGUCGCAAUGGCCACCAGGGAGAAAGACCCUUUCGACAGCGACGAGCAAAAACACUCCGAUAGUGAUGGAGCCCCAAAGCAGACUUUUGAGCCCGAAAUCGACAAUCCAGAGAUGUUCAUGAAACCGGCGUGUGAGUGCCAGAACUGCGUCCAUUGGACCCAAAGCGCCGACUGGACAACGCCGGAUUUGGAGUUCGAGGGGCACCACAAACGUGUUUGCAAAGAGCGGAAGAUUCAACCCUUGUUACGAUCGGCACGACAUCCAGGGAAAACCCCUAAGAUCUUCACUUUCAAUCCUGGCACAUUGACAAAAAUUGAGAAACAAAGCUACUUGAAGACCCUAGUUCACGGGGAGGUGAUCCCCCAGCCUGUAAAGUUGCUAACAGACACCUACUUUAGCGACGAAAUUCAAGCUGCUUUGGGUCGCCUUAACUACAAGUAUAGUUUACCAAUCCAAUCAUUCGUCUGGCCCGCAAUUUUCAGACAAUUGAAUGUUGUUAUGGUAGGGGGGCCUAAGUCGGGGAAAACCAUGUCGUAUCUCCCGGCCCUUUGUACCUUCAGUACAGCUGAAGAGGAAAAAUAUCGACAAUUAUCAAAGUACAAGGGCCCGUUAGUGGUUAUUAUUUGUCCAAACAGCAAACAUUGUGAAGAUGUAUACGAUUUGAUGAAAAAACUGUUUGAAAAUAGUGCCACUAAACCAAAAAUUGCCCUCAUGACAUAUCCAGUCCACCACAUUAACAGCGUUGAUAUCGUGAUUACAAUCCCCAGCACUCUUACACAUUGCCUUAAAUCUCGGACUUUUAAUUUGAAACGAAUGUGUCACUUGGUGUUAGAAGACGCGAGUUGUUUACUAAAAAACAAUCACGAAGAAAUUUACAAAAUUUUGGAAGUCACUGAUGAAAUGCUUGAACACAGGAUGUGUAGCACCAAAGUCCAAUUCAUAGUAGCUUCAACAAAAUGGACAUCGGAUUUGCAAAAAUUACUCAAAUCGAUUUAUGUAACACCACUUGUUUGCAUAGGGAAUUAUUUGGAAGCAGCUCUAUAUGGGAACAUCCAAUUCGAAGUAAAGUUUUUAGUGUCACAAAACAAGAAACACUACAUUGAAGGAUUAUUAAGAGACAAGAGUCAUCUUUUUAAAACUAUUGUUGUGUGCCAUAAUAAUGAAAUAAGCGAUUUGAAUAAAUGGUUGGUUCGAAACGGCAUCGAAGUCAUGGCUUUAAAUGAUGAUUCGACUAAGGAACAAAUCGAGGUUUGUGAGGAAGAAUGGGCUUUUAUGAGAGGUGGCCAAUACAAAGUGUUACUGUGCACGGAUUUUAUUUUCGACUCAUUAUUGUGCAUCACCGACGCCAUGUGGCUCGUCAGUUACUCAUUUUCCGCAACUUGGACCCGAUUUAUCAAACGUUUCAGCGCUUUGUCCUCACAUUACAAGAGUCCUUGGGAAACAAAUGAAGAAGAAGUCAAACCCAAAUGUUUUUUGAUGAUUGACGAAAACUGCGAACAACAAAUGACAAAAGUCCUCAAUUUACUCAACCGCUUGAGCAAGGAUUUGCCUCCAAGUUACCAAAAAUACGCCAGUGCGUUCAAGAGUAAAACUGAAAAUGAGAAAAUCGACAAUGGGAUUGAGAUUUGUAACACAUUGAAACUGUUUGGGAAAUGUGGCGAUUCCUUGUGUGAGAAGCGACAUUUCGUUUGUGAACAACUGGACGUUUCGGAAAAUCUGCCAAAGAGUGGAAAACUCGUAUUUAAGAUUCUUAAUAUUAAAGAUGUGACACAGUUUUCCGUCCAGGUAAUUAGACACAUCGAUUUGGAGGGGAAAGUGAAGGAAAUUAAUGAUGACGAUUUGAGAAAACCCCUCACAGUUUCAGAAAAACGUGCCAAAAACAUUAAAGUGGGAAAAUUUUACGCACAUUGUGACUACACCCCUGAAGGUGAUGUGUUCAUGUUGUGUCACGUGUUGAGCAUCCCCAACGAUAAUUUCGUUGAAGUCAAAUUUGCAAAUGAGUUGGUUUUGCAAACUUUACAGAGAAAACUGUACGAGCUUCCGCCAAAUUUAGAGAUCGUGGAUGUCAUUAUGUGCAAUCUUAUUCCCCCCUUCAAAGAUGAAAUGUUUUCAGCGCGAUCUUUUCACGUCACUCACAAUUCCCUACAAACUGUCGAAUAUAAAAAUAUGAUUUUAACCGGUGACAUCUAUCUGCAAUUGGAUCGAACUUUCUGGUUGAAUAACAUCGCUCAAGUUUUACAAGUCGAUGGUUGCGACAUCAUUAAAUUUAAUCUAACUAAGCAUUUAACGAAUUUAAAAGUCGUCGAAUUAUCUUCGAAUCAAAUCACCAGCCUGCACAAACUAUGUGAGAAAUGUGGCAUAACCCUCCCUUGCUACCUCAAACACACUGCAAAAAAGGCCUCGAAAGCAAAAGAAGUCGAAGCGCAACGAGCCUUCUUAGACGAUAAUGUCCACGAAGUGAUCCUCAGCUCAGCCGUCAGUCCUGAGGAGUUCUACGUCCGAUUGGCCAAAUUUCAACCACUGUUGGAGAACUUGGAAAGGGACAUUCAGGAGAGCAUCAGUAAGGGAAUCCCCGAGAAGCAUUUGAACAUCGAAAUCGGAAAGUACUACCUGGCCUUGGACUCUCACUACGAGUUGUAUUCGCGCGUCCUCAUUUUAAAUAUCCAAGAUUCGAAGGCGCUUUGUUUUUACGUGGAUUACGGUGACGAAGCCAUAGUCGAGCUUUCGAAACUGAAAAUGUUGCCAUCGAAAUUCCUAAUUCGAUUGCCGUUUCAAGCGAUUCAGUGUCGCUUGUAUGGGUUGAGCCCCAUUUCGGGCGAAUGGGACGAUGAAGCCACUGAUGUUCUAUACAAGUACAUGUUUGAACCCCAGUCAGAUGUUUUCCGGUCAAUAUACGUACAAACGUUAUGUAAGGAUGCUUCCGAGACGAUGAGAGUUAAAACGACUUAUUCCGUCUUGAUGAAGGACGGGUUUGGCGAUAACAACGUUUUGAUCAACCAGUUGAUGUUGGAUUGUGGGUUUGCGACGUCGAUUUUUGACAAAAUUGAUGAUUUUGAGAUACCGAGACCGGAGGCCGUGGAGGAGGAAUCGUCGGAUUCGGAUGCUGGGUGUUUGGAGGUGGGUCCAGAAGAACCUAAUCUUGAAGAAAUUUUUGGAGACGAUUUUGAUUUGGAAAUAAUUGACGCCGAGGAAUUUCUCGAAGUUUUGGGGGUUGCACGUCGUGAAAAUCCCUCCUUAGCUUUAGAAAAUAGUGAUUCAAAUCACACUGAAACCAUUCAUGAUCCGAUCAAUUCUCAAAUUGACCAGACUGUUGAGAAAAGUAAUUGUCUCACGCCGGACGUUUAUUGGUCACAAACCGAAAACACCGUCAAGCUUAAAAUCAAGCUAAUCGGUGUCGAAAAUUACAAAACGAACGUGGUUCAGAAACGAAUUUUUACAUUUAGUUCGCUUCUCAAUGAGAAAAAUUACGAGCUGAAGUUUACGUUACACAAACCGGUCAAGAUGGCAAAUCAUCGGGCGUUGGGGCAAGAAGUUGUGGUUGUUUUGAAUAAAUUGGAGCCUGUGGAGUGGUUACAGUUGACGGGCACUCAAAGACGCAUGAGGUUUGUUCAUUACGAAGUGCCUGAGUUUAAAGAAGAAGCCAAACGAAAGCUCCUCCAGCUUGAUAUUACGGACGAUGAGAGCGACGAAAAUGACGGGGAAGCACCGAUGUAUCAUGUGAUAUCCGACAUGGAUAGCGAGUUUGAUGAAGAGAUCGAUUCGAGUGAGUCCGAUCUAUAGGUCUAUAAUUGAUUUUUUGACAUUAUUAUUACCAAAGUUUAUUUCUUGUUUUAUUAUGACCAAACUUUAAUUUUUUUAAUAAAUUCGACGAUUUGAUACAA